AUGAAACGGCAGUUUCGAGAAGUCAAUAUUGACAAUUUCCUGAAUGAAAAUGAAAAAAUGAACACCAAAAAGAAAACAGUAAGUGACAUGAAACUCUUCAACCAAUUUCUUCUUCACAAACAAGACUCAAGAAAUGUUGAAAAUAUUCCUGCGCAUGAUUUGAACAAUCUGAUUUGUGAAUUCUUGUUGGGUGUCACCAAAAAAGAUGGAAGUGAGUACGAGCCCACAACACUGCGAGGCAUCAUCGGCUCAAUUGACCGCUAUUUAAAACACAAUAACAGUACCAUAUCACUCAUGAAUGACAAAGAAUUUGCCAAAGUCUGGGAAGUGAUGAAAAGCAAACAAAAGGCAUUGAAAAAACAAGGCUAUGGGAAUAAACCCAGAGAGGCUGUGGUACUAACAAAAGAGCACAUCGAGGCAAUGUAUUCAGCCCAGACACUAGGAGAUUCUAGUCCCAGAGCCUUGAUUCAUUCGUUGUGGAUGAUCUGCACAACCCAUUUCGGCAUGAGGACGGGAAAUGAAAUACAUAAACUCUGCUGGGGGGACGUUACACUUGGUGUUGAUUUUGAGUCAGGCGAGGAAUACAUCACACGCGAUACCGAGCGCCAGACCAAGACCAGAACAGGGGAAAAUCCAAGAAAUACCAGGUCAGUCAAACCAAGGGCUUAUGCAGUCCCCGAAGAGCCCAACAGAGACCCAGUUCAUCUGUAUAAGCUGUAUGCAGACAAACGGCCGGUGGAAAUGAGAGGAGAUGACAGUCCGUUCUUCCUUACACCAUGCAACAGCACACAGCUUGGCUGGUUCAGGAGGUCAGCAAUUGGUAUAAACAAGAUGUACGGCAUCAUGGCAGAGAUGAAGGCGGACGCUGGGAUAACAAAGCCCAGAAUCACCCCAUACAGGUAG